AUGUUGAAGGAUAUGGCUGUUAUGCACCCUGCUGCUAAGAUGCUGGUAGAUCUGAGUGCUGCGCAAGAUGUUGAGGCCGGUGACGGUACUACAUCAGUUGUAGUUAUUGCUGGAAGUCUUCUAGGUGCAGCCGAGAGACUACUUGCCAAAGGCCUACAUCCUACCGUUAUCUCUGAGUCGUUCCAGCGUGCUGCUGCUGCCGCUGUCAAGAUUCUUGAAGAUAUGUCACAGCCCAUCUCUCUAUCCGACAGGGCAAUACUCCUCCAAGCUGCCUCGACUUCUUUGUCCUCCAAAAUUGUCUCCCAGUACUCUAGCCUGCUUUCCCCCAUGGCUGUGGACUCCGUCCUCCGAGUUAUUGACCCAAAGACUGCUGAGAAUGUCGAUCUACGUAACAUCAGGAUAGUGAAGAAGGUCGGCGGAACCAUCGAGGAUAGUGAGAUGGUUGACGGCUUGAUCCUGAAUCAACCUGUAAUGAAGAGUGCAGGCGGGCCAACCAGGGUCGAAAAGGCAAAAAUUGCUUUGAUCCAGUUCCAGCUGAGCCCUCCAAAACCAGAUAUGGAGAAUCAGAUUGUUGUCAAUGACUACAGACAGAUGGAUAAAAUUCUUAAGGAAGAGCGCACAUACCUGCUCAAUAUGAUCCGAAAGAUCGCCAAGACAAAGUGCAAUGUCAUCCUUAUUCAAAAGUCGAUUCUCCGUGACGCUGUCAAUGACCUCUCCCUCAAUUUCCUUUCUCGAGUUAAGAUUCUUGCCGUCAAGGAUAUUGAGCGUGAUGAAGUGGAGUUUGUGUGCAAGAGCUUAGGCUGCAAGCCCAUCGCCAACAUUGACUCUUUCACCGAAGACAAGCUUGGAACUGCCGACCUGGUAGAGGAGAUCAGCUCGUCUGGAUCCAGGUAUCUCAAGAUCACCGGCGUCCGCUCCCCAAGCGCCGCCCAGACCGUCUCCAUUGUUGCCCGUGGAGCCAACAACCUGAUCCUCGACGAAGUGGAGCGUUCCCUGCACGAUGCCCUCUGCGUCGUGAGAUGUCUGGUGAAGAAGCGUGCCCUGAUUGCAGGUGGAGGAGCCCCCGAGAUCGAGAUCGCACAGGCACUCGCUAAGCAAGCCCGUCUGCUCGCUGGUACCGAGGCUAUCUGCUGGAAGGCCUUCGCCAGCGCCAUGGAAGUCAUCCCCGUCACCCUUGCCGAGAACGCAGGGUUGAACAGCAUCAAGGUCGUUACGGACCUACGUCAUCGCCACGAAAUGGGAGAGAAGAAUGCGGGCGUCAGCAUUCGAAGCGGUGGAGUCAAGGUCAACAUUGCUGACGAGCGUGUCUUGCAGCCUUUGUUAGUGAGCACUAGUGCAGUCGAGCUUGCAGCCGAAACCGUCAAGCUUAUUUUACGAAUUGAUGACAUUGCGCUGUCGAGAUAA